AUGAGCGAUAGUAAAAAUGCAAACCCUAAAUGGUGGCACAUCCUCAUCACUAAUUGGAUCAUUGCAGACCCUAAUUACAUGUUGGAAGUCAACGGUGGACCAAGUAGGAAUUAUCAGGUUCAAAAAUACAGUAAUAUGAAGCAUUUGUAUUUAUUCGGAGGAAGGUUAAGAACCGUUAAACAACUCCCAUUAAACCUAAUAGUUGGUGGUUUGAUGAUUUUAUUGGGGAUCUUGUUCUGGAUUUUUGAGGCCAGCUGGUUCUGGCACAAAUUGAGUCCAGCUAUACCCAUCGUUUUCUCAUAUUGUUGGUUUAUAUCAUUCACAAUGUUCAUAAAAGCAGCUACAUCUGACCCUGGAAUUUUACCCAGAAAUAUGCAUUUACCUAAUUAUCCCACCAGAAUAAAAGAUGAAGAUGAUAAGACAAUUGAAGGCUCUAGUCUGGAUCCUAUCGUGGCCAAUCCUGAUGAGUAUUUUAAUACCAUCACCCUACCUUAUUAUGAUGAUAAAUAUAAUGGGGUAAAUGUGAAAUAUUGUACAACUUGUCACAUCUGGAGACCUCCUAGAUCGAGUCAUUGUGGGGUUUGUAAUGUCUGUGUGGUCAACCAUGAUCACCAUUGCAUCUAUAUCAACAAUUGUGUGGGAUUGAGAAAUUACAAGUACUUUCUUUGGUUUGUUUUAUUCACUGUUAUAAGUAAUAUUUAUGUUACUGUAACAACUUUUGUUCAUAUUUUCCACUAUCUUUCUACUGAUAGUAACCUAAAGUCAUUCAAACAUUCCAUUGAAACAUACCCAGGGACAUUUGUCACGUUAAUUUUGAGUAUAUUGACAUUAAUUUAUCCGUUGUCAAUAUUAAUCAUCCAUAUAUGUCUCACAUCACAAAAUCUUACUACUAGAGAGUACCUAAAUAAUGUCAGACCUAAUAAGAAUUUCGUUCAUGUAUUCGAUACCCAUAGCAUGUUAAAAAACUUCUACAUAACUUGGAUCGGUAGGAGUCGAGGGGUUUCCUCUUUUAGGUUGAGAGACCAGUCAAUGGCAGGAGAUAUCAGACUUGAAAAUUUACCACCUUUAGAAUAA